AAUCAGAACGUUGUUUCUGACUAGCAGUGUUUAACGGAAACGGACAGAGGGCUGAAUAUAAGAACAGGAAAUAUUUAUAAAAAAUUUAAAAAAUCCAAAACAAACAAAAGAUCAGGAUUUCGACAAAUCAAGGGACUACUUAACUGUUGUUGCAAAAACAAUGAAAACGUUAUCCGUUUCCGUAAUUUUCGUACUGGUCGGAUUUGUGUGGGGUCAGGGACUCGAUCCUUUAUUGGCAGUCGAUAGUAGUGCCACGGGAUCUAAUGAAUCAGUUGUGUCACUAGAUGCGGCGGCUAACGUUCAGGGUUUAGACGAUGUCAUGAAUAGUUUGGAUACAAGCUCCGAUGGAAGCAGUGGUGGAUUCGAACCUCCAACUAUCGACUUAACUCCAAUAAAUACGCAAUCGGCAUCUUCUCCAAAGGGAAGUGCCGGUGGUGUUCCUGACCUCGAAAGUAUUACCGGCGUAGGUGUGCCAAGUAACGUCCAAGAUAGUUCAGUGAGCGCAGGCAGCGCAAGUACCAUGAGGGGUGAAAGCGCUACUAGAAGCGGAGGUGGUGCAAGAAGGACUGGAGGUAUGAGCGGAUCUGGAGAUUUAUCGAUUAUGCGUGGUCUCGGUAUGUCAAGCGAAAGGGGUGCUAUGAGGGGAAGUAUGGACGGCGGCAUGGCAGAUAGACGUGACAGAAUGAGAAUGGAUACCGGUAGAAGGCGCGGCCCGGUAGACAGGGAUCCACUACGAAUGGGUAUCGGAGGCGACAGAAUGAGAAUGGGAGGCGGCGACAGAAUGGGCAGCGGUAUGUCAGACAGAGCAGAUCCUAUAAGUAUGGGUGGCAGGAGUUCGGACAGACGACGUGAUUCCAUGGAAAUGAGACGAAGUGAUCCAGUAGAUAUGGGUAUGGGUGGCUCCCUAGAUUCUAUGGGUAUGGGCGUAGGAAGAGACCGUAUGGGACGUGAUAGAACGAGAAUGGGAACUGACCCAAGAAUGAGAUCUUUGGGACGACUUGACGGUAUGCGUCGUGCUGACAUGGGCAGACUUCCGUUGGAUAGGGGUGGCAUAGACCAAGGAAUGGGCAGCAGAGAUAUGCCUAGGGGUAUGCGCCGAGGAUCCAGAGACGGUUUCAGGGGAGAAGGUGAUCUCGUUAGAAGCGACAGAAGGGACAGUCGUCGUGGUCCAGGAGGUCCAAUGCCCGUCGGUUUUAUGCCAGGAAUGGGAUUCGAUUCCCGUAUGGGUGGGCCACGUAUGAUGAUGGAUAGACCUAUGGGAAUGCCAAUGGAUGGUAUGGGAAUGCCAAUGGGUGGCAUGUCAAUGCCAAUGGGCGGUAUGGGAGCGCCAAUGAGUGGAACUGGAAUGCCAAUGAGUGGAAUGGGAACCCCAAUGGGCAGAAUGGGAACUCCUAUGGGUGGCACGCCAAUGGGAGGAGUGGGAGGUGGAAACUUCAGCGGGUCAACGGGAACAACAACGGGAAUGACUAUGGAUCCUCGGUUAGGAUACCCUAUGAUGCCAGGAUCUGUUGAUCCAAGAAUUGCACGUUUCGCUACAAUUGGUGGCAUGCCGUCCGGUAUGAUGCCCUCUGGUGGUAUGAUGCCUACAGGAACAUUUAGUGGUGGAAUGUCCGGAACCGGAAUGAUGUACCCUUAUUACACCUAUCCGUUCAUGGGUCCAGGGAUGUCUUCAGUACCAAUGGGCGGAGAGAUGGUGCCUUCUGGUUCAUUUAGUGGUAUGAUGCCUACAGAUGGAUCGAUGUCUGGCGGCAGUGGUUUCGGAUUGCCAGUCCCUGGUGGAAUGGGAACAGUCCCGAUGGGUGGACCAAUGAGCGGAGGACCAAUGGUCGGCGGACGAAUGGGUGGUAGUUCAAUGGGCGGACCGAUGAUGGGUGACCCAAUGGCUGGAAGAUCAAUAGGCGGUGGAUCAAUGGCUGCACCCAUGAGCGGAGGAUCUAUGGGUGGUGCAUCGAGGAGGGGAGGAGCAAUGGGUGAUGGUUCAAUGGGCGGAAGAUCAAUGGGUGAUGGGUCAAUGGGAGAAUCAAUGAUGGGUGACCCGAUGGCCGGAAGACCAAUGGGUGGUGGUUCAAUGGGCGGAAGAUCAAUGGGUGAUGGGGCAGUGGGAGGAUCAAUGAUGGGUGACCCAAUGGCUGGAAGAUCAAUGGGCAGUAGGCCAAUGGGUGGUGGUUCAAUGGGCGGAAGACCAAUGGGAGAUGGGUCAAUGGGAGAAUCAAUGAUUGGUGACCCAAUGGGCAGUAGACCAAUGGCUGGAGGCUCAAUGGGUGCAUCGAUGGGCAGAGAAUUAGGUGGUGGUUCAAUGGGCAGAGGAUCUAUGGGCGCAACAAUGGACAGUGGAUCAAUGGGCCCACCAAUGGGCGGUGGAUCAAUGGGCAGAGGAUCUAUGGCGGGAAGAUCAAUGAGUGGAUUUGAUGGUUCAAUGUCAGGAGCAAUGGGUAGAAGGGGAGUAGUGGAAAGUACAGGUAUGAUGAGCGGAAGAAUGCCAAUGCGAAGGGGAAUAUAAAAUUAUGACGAAAUAAAAACAGUAAGCAUAAUGAAGAAAUGCGGCAGCAUGUGCAGGCCACGAAUGCAAGAAAAUCCAUUAAUUAUAUUGUUAUUCUUUGUGUUGUUUUACUGGGUAAUUAUCCAGCUGUCUCCAACACUCAGACUUUCGUACUGUCAUGAUUUUCAAUACCUUUUCUUAACAAUACAAAACUUAACAGUUUUAUAACUGUGGAAAGUUUUUUUUUGUGGUACAGGGUUGCAGUAACUUCAAUACUUCUUCCCUAAAUUGGAUAAAAGCCCCGGAUUAAAAGCAAAAACCGUCUAUAGGUACAACAAAAUAUCUGUUGCCAUAUAUUUUUUAGCUUUGUAAAUUUGCUAUAUGUGUUGUUUUGUUAUAUUUGCUUCUAUUUAUUUCUUUUUGGUAGAUUUAUAUGAAACUUUUGCAGAGUGACACAAAAAGUCGAUACUGUAAAUCGAGCACACCCAUCCCCAUGUUAUUUGCACUCAAUUUUGUGAAUAUCUCUUUGAACAUGUGAUUUGUAUUGUUAAGAUGGAUUGUAAGUCCCGAUGAUUGUAAAGCUAAAUAAAAUAUUGUUUAAGAGGUAA